UCUCUAGCAGAACUAAAUUUUUCAAAAAACAAAAACAAAAAAAAGUAAAAAAGAACUUGAAUAAUUCGCCGAUAUGUUUGUGGCACGUAGAAUUUCCCAGACAGCGAGCCUGGCGGUGCGCGGCAAGCACUCGCUGCCCAAGCUGCCGUACGACUACGCCGCCCUGGAGCCCAUCAUUUGCCGGGAGAUCAUGGAGCUGCACCACCAGAAGCACCACCAGACCUACGUCAACAAUCUGAAUGCCGCCGAGGAGCAGCUGGAGGAGGCCAAGAGCAAGAGCGACACCACCAAGCUGAUCCAGCUGGCCCCGGCCCUCAGAUUCAAUGGCGGUGGCCACAUCAACCACACCAUCUUCUGGCAGAAUCUCUCGCCCAACAAGAGCACACCCAGCGACGAGCUGAAGAAGGCCAUCGAGUCGCAGUGGAAGAGCUUCGAUGAGUUCAAAAAGGAGCUCAGCACCCUGACCGUGGCGGUCCAGGGUUCAGGCUGGGGCUGGCUGGGCUACAACAAGAAGUCCGGCAAACUCCAGCUGGCCGCCCUUCCCAAUCAGGAUCCCCUGGAGGCCUCCACCGGCCUGAUUCCCCUGUUCGGCAUCGAUGUGUGGGAGCAUGCCUACUACUUGCAGUACAAAAACGUGCGUCCCUCGUACGUUGAGGCCAUCUGGGACAUUGCCAACUGGGACGACAUCUCGUGCCGCUUCCAGGAGGCCAAGAAACUCAGCUGCUAAGUCCGGGCGACUUGAUCUAUGUCUUAAUUGUAAGCAUCGGCGGGUCUUAGAUCCUAAAUUGUAGUCUGUGUUGCUGCUAAUAAAUUGGUACCAGUUUGCAACUAA